AUGCAGACAGCCAGAUCACGAGCACAGCAGGAUAAUGCGCUUCAUCGACGUGCUGCAGCCUUUGUAGACGAAGCCCUCAUCCCAACGGAGUCGAAACAACACCUCAAGGUCUGUCGCGGAAAUGGACAGCAUCGUGAGGAUACCUGCGACGCCAUCGACGUGUUGGCAGCUCAAGUUCAAGACAUCGCAACCCGUCUCGAUGUUAUCCAGAAGCAAGUUGAGGACCUUCUCGUGCGCUCGAAAUCUCGGUCCUUGCUGAGUGCUAUCCAGCAGUGGGCGCUGCAGAGUUCGCAACAAGUCCGACAUGCGUUGCACAGAUUCGGUGAGAUCUUGUCCGAGAUCAGCGACCCAGGGAUGGAGCAGCCUCGACCAAGCAAGAAGCAAGUCUUCCAAACCAUGUCAGCCUUGUCGCUGUUCUUCGGCAGUCUGCACUUGUUCGGUUCCCCGCUGCCUAGACAUUGUCUGCUGUAUCUGUUGGAGACAAGCUCUGCGGCACAAGAGGCACUCUUUCUGUGCCCAAACUUCAGCACCGCUCUUGGCCUUUUGGUGCAUACGGCGUCCUUGCCACUUUUCUUCGCGGUGAACCCUUGCUCAAAGAAAGCUUUCCGCAACUUCAAGCUGACGAGUCUUGUCAAGCGGCUCUUCCACAAGGAUCAGCGUCGCUCGCUGGCGAGCUCGAACCCAUCGCAAGGCCCACGAAAAGAGACUGCCUUCCGCGACCUCAUCUCCAAGUUUCCAGAAUUGCUGGACCGACCCUUUCCAAUGAAAGCAGUGCUCAACGACCUCCGCAACAUGCAAGCACUUCGCGGACCUUCGAGUAGUCGAGAAUACAAGGUGGCGGAGCGUCGACUUUUCCGCGUUCAGCACGAGUCGGAGAUCGGUGAGGGCGGACCUCUCACCGUGCGACAGGUGAUUCAGCUUCUCAAGCCAGACGACAGUGUCGGCUGGACGAUCAUCAAGCAGAGACUAUUGCAGAAUCGCGUCGACGCCAUCGACUCUCUUUCCAAAGAGGAUCGAGCACGCGUCAUGUUCCAGCGCGUCUACGGCAUAGGUGCUACCAAAGCCGAGCGUUUCGUCCAGGCUGGAUUCCUCACACUCGAACAGCUGCGCGAUGCCUGUCUCGAACGAGCUCAACGGAUCGGGCUGGAACAUCUCGACGACGUCGAAUGCUUGAUCCCUCGUUCCGAGUCUGAGCAGUGGCGAGAAAUCCUUCUCGAUGUCUUCCACACCGUCGACCCGCAGCUCGGCGCCGAACUGCUCGGCAGCUUCCGUCGCGGCGAUCACUACUCGUCCGACCUCGACUUUGUCCUCUUCCACCCUUCCGUGGUCGAUAUGCGCAUCCCACGUCCGUCCGACCCGAACAAGCUCGACGCAAACCCGCUCGCUAGCGAACUCCUCACCGCGGUCGUCGCCGAACUCACGCGCCGCAACCUCCUCGCUGACAAGCUGCUGCAACACGGCCCACUCGCCGUCAAAGGCCUCGUGCGCCUCCCCGACCCUGGCGCCAAGGCCCGCCGCUUCGAUCUCAACUUCGCCCCUUUCAACCGACGUGCAUUCUACACUCUCGCCAAGACAGGCGAUUCCGACCUCAUGAUGCACAUGCGCGCCAAAGCUCGGGCGAGAGGCUGGGCGCUCAACGAAUACGGUAUCGGUCCUGCCAACGAAAACGGCUCGGCUUGGACGGAAAACGUUCUGGAGGCGACCGACGAGAGGCAGAUCUUCCAAUUUUUGGGCGUGCCGUGGCUGGAGCCGGAGGAAAGGUCGUUCGCCAUCUAUGCGCCUAGACUCAGGAUCACCAGGUCGUAG